ACUUUACAAUUUUUAGAAAAUUUAAUUAAAGUUGGAGUGUGAAGUAAAGGUGAAGAAGAAGCAUGAGUGGUCGUUCCAGAAACUUGAACUCCGUUUUCUAUUCAGAUUCGUACCAUCCCAUUCAAGCUGGAAGCAUCGACGGCACCGAUAUUGUUCCUCACGACAAUGCCAUUUUUCGUGCUCAACUAUGUUCCUCUAUUGGCCUCUAUGACCCUUUUGGUGAUCCUAAGGCCACUGGUGACCCUUAUUGCACCCUUUUCGUGGGUCGUCUCUCUCGACUCACCACUGAAGACACUCUCCGAAAGGUUAUGAGUAAGUAUGGUCGGGUGAAGAACUUGCGCUUGGUGAGGGACAUUGUGACAGGAGCUUCUCGUGGUUAUGCUUUUGUUGAAUUUGAAGAUGAAAGGGAGAUGCGACGGGCAUAUAUAGAUGCUCAUCAUUUGAUUGUUGAUGAUUGUGAAAUCAUAGUUGAUUAUAAUAGACAACAACUAAUGCCCGGAUGGAUUCCUAGAAGGUUAGGUGGUGGUCUUAGUGGAAAUAAGGAAUCAGGACAACUUCGUUUUGGGGGAAGAGAAAAACCAUUUCGUGCACCCUUGAAACCAAUUCCAUAUGAGGAGUUGAAGAAGCUUGGUAUUCCACCUCCACCCGAGGGAAGAUACAAGUCACGUUUUCAGGUUCCUUCGCCCCCUAGAAGAGAAAGGAACUUCUCAGAUAAGGAAGAAGAUUUCGAUAGAAGGGGUUCUAGUGACAGGAACAAGACAGAAGGUGCCCUCAAAAGUCCAGUUGAGAUGGAGGAAGGACACUACAAAAGUAGUUCAAGUCACCGAGGAGACAACCCACGUGGAAGGAGCUCUUCGGAGAGGAGUGACCGUUACCAUGACAGGAGCUCUUCAGAGAGGAGUGAUCGUUACCAUGACAGGGGCUCUUCAGAGAGGAGUGAUCGUUACCAUGACAGGGGCUCUUCAGAGAGAAGUGAUCGUUACUACGACAGGAGCUCUUCAGAGAGGAGUGAUCGUCACCAUGACAGGAACUCUUCGGAGAGAAAUGAGCGGUACCAUGACAGGAGCUCAACUGAGAGAGAACAUCGACACAGAAGUUCUAACGAAAUAGAUAAACAUUCACGUAAAAGAAAAGAAAGACACGAACACUCUCGCAAGCGCGAGAAAUAUAGUCGCUAUUCCCCUAAUGAGGACUAAGGUCUACAACUCAUUAUCACCCCUCUACCGUGUCUUUCUGCUUUGUGUAUAUAUCAGCGACCAUCCUGAAAGACUUCAAGAUGAACACAGCGGUGCUGGUGUAUGUAGGUUCGUGCAUAGGUUCAAUGAUCAUGGUUUUGUUUUUUUAUCUUUAGUGGGGUUUUAUAUGAAGAGCACUUGAUCUUUUAUACCAAGCAUAUGUGUUAUAGUUGAAUGCUGGAAUCCCGUUUUGAAUUGACAGGUUCCUUGAGGUAUAUUAAGCAAAGCCCAAUCACUUGUUUAUUUUUUUUAUUUUUUUCUAGAUGAAAGUAAGGGGAUGAAUAACAUUUCAAUAUCAAGGAUUUGAA